GCGGCUCUCAGGCUGGCGCGCUCCGUGCUGCUGGGGCUUUGAGGUGGUCGCCAGGGGUCGGGGGAUGAUAUCCCCGCCACGGGGGUCCCAGAGGAUGAAUCAGGGGCUCUGUUAAGGGUAGGCGGUGGGGUGGAGAGAAGUGGCAGCGAGGGCUGCGGUGGACUCCACGAGCGGGAUGUGCGAGAGUUACUCCAGGUCGUUGUUGAUGGUCUCGGUGGCGCAGAUCUGCCAGGCGCUGGGCUGGGACUCGGUGCAACUCAGCGCCUGCCACCUUCUCACAGACGUGCUGCAGCGCUAUCUGCAGCAGUUGGGACGGGGCUGCCAUCGGUACUCCGAGCUCUAUGGGCGAACAGAUCCGAUUUUGGAUGAUGUUGGUGAAGCUUUCCAACUUAUGGGGGUUAAUCUUCAUGAGCUAGAAGACUAUAUUCACAAUAUUGAACUUGUCACUUUCCCACAUCAAAUUCCUUUAUUUCCUGUUAGCAAGAACAAUGUACUUCAAUUUCCUCAACAUGGAAGUAAAGAUGCAGAAGAAAGAAAAGAAUACAUUCCUGAUUACAUGCCACCCAUUGUGUCUUCUCAAGAAGAAGAGGAAGAAGAGCAGGUGCCCACUGAUGGGGGAACUUCAGCAGAAGCCAUGCAGGUUCCCUUGGAAGAAGAUGAUGAACUGGAGGAGGAGGAAAUCAUUAAUGAUGAAAAUUUCUUGGGUAAGAGACCACUGGAUAGUCCUGAAGCUGAAGAAAUGCCUGCCAUGAAGCGGCCACGACUGUUGAGCACUAAAGGGGAUACCCUGGAUGUGGUCCUAGAAGCUCGAGAGCCACUCAGUUCAAUCAAUACCCAAAAGAUCCCUCCGAUGCUGUCUCCAGUCCACGUGCAGGACAGUGCGGACCUAGCGCCUCUGUCACCAGAGCCACCAAUGUUAGCACCUGUUGCAAAAUCACAAAUGCCAACCGCAAAACCAUUAGAAACAAAGUCAUUUACACCUAAAACAAAGACUAAAACUAGUUCUCCAGGGCAGAAGACUAAAUCACCUAAAACCACUCAGCCAACAGCCAUGGUCGGAAGUCCUAUUCGGUCACCAAAAGCUAUCUCCAAAGAAAAGAAAUCUCCAGGGCGUUCUAAGAGCCCCAAGAGCCCCAAGAGCCCCAAGGCCCUGGCUCACAUUCCCCCAGCCCCGGUCAGGCCGGAGACACCCAGCAGGCCCCCUUCCUCCACAGCAAGUGAAAAAAUUAGUAAAGAGACCAUUCAGGCAAAACAAAUACAAACCCCCCCUGAUGUAGGGAAACUGAACCAUGAGAAUCAGCAGAAAAAGGCUGUUGUGACUGAUAAAACAAUUGAUGACUCUAUUGAUGCUGUGAUUGCUCGAGCUUGUGCCGAACGUGAGCCAGAUCCUUUUGAAUUUUCUUCUGGAUCAGAAACUGAAGGAGACAUUUUCACCAGCCCCAAGAGGAUUUCCGUCUCAGAAUGUCCUGUUCCAAAAGCAUCUACUUCCUCAAAUAACUUCACUAAGUCAGGAUCCACUCCUUUGCCUCUUUCAGGUGGCACGUCAAGUUCUGAUAACUCAUGGACCAUGGACGCCUCCAUUGAUGAGGUCGUCCGCAAGGCCAAAAUGGGGACCCCUCCAGGGGUGCCUCCCGGCUUCCCUUACGUCUCUUCUCCCUCAGUUUCCCCUCCCACGCCCGAGCCUCUGCACAAGGUGUACGAGGAGAAGACCAGACUGCCUCUCUCCACCGACAUCAAGAAAAAGUUGAAAAAGGAACUCAAGACCAAAAUGAAAAAGAAAGAGAAGCAGAGAGACAAAGAGAGGGAAAGAGACAAGAGCAAGGAGAAAAGCAGGGAGAAGGAUAAAGGGAAAGAGAGAGACAAGGACAAGGAAACCGGCAGGGAGACCAGACACCCGUGGAAGGAGUUUCUUAAAGAUGAAGAGUCAGAUCCUUAUAGGUUUAAAAUAAAAGAAUUUGAAGAGGUUGAUCCAAGAGUGAGACUGAAAGAUGGACUUGUGAGAAGGGAAAAAGAGAAGCAUAAAGAUAAGAAGAAGGAUCGAGAAAAAGGCAAAAAGGACAAGGACAAAAGGGACAAGGGCAAAGACAGAGGCCGGGAAGAGAAGCUGAAAAACGUCCCAGGGGCCCUGGGGCCGCCGCCCAAGGACACCGUGCCGCCCCUGUUCAGCCCCGCGGCGGCUGCCAGGGUCCCUGCCCUGCUGCCCGCUCCGUCCCCAGUGCUUCCUGAGAAGCUGUUUGAGGAGAAGGAGAAGCCUAAGGAGAAGGACAGGAAGAAGGACAAAAAGGAGAAGAAGAAAAAGAAAGAGAAAGAAAAGGAAAAGGAGAAGAAAGAGAAGGAAAGGGAGAAAGAAAAAAGAGAGCGGGAGAAGAGAGAAAAGGAAAAGGAGAAACACAGGCACGAAAAAAUAAAAGUGGAGCCAGUUGUUCCCGCCCCCAGCCCAGUUAUCCCCAGGUUGACUCUCAGAGUUGGAGCUGGCCAAGACAAGAUUGUCAUCAGCAAAGUGGUCCCAGCCCCCGAGGCUAAGCCAGCUCCUUCUCUGAAUAGACCCAGGACCCCUCCGCCUGCACCAGUUCCAGCCCCUGUACCUGUGCAUGUCACGCCUGCCCCAGUGCCUUUGCCACUUCUCACACAGUCCGCUGCAUCCCCUGCUUUGAUGCCAUCCCCAUCCCCCGCCAUCUCUGGAGCUGGAAGUUCUAAAGCCCCUGUCCGGAGUGUAGUUACGGAGACUGUCAGCACUUAUGUGAUCCGAGAUGAGUGGGGGAAUCAGAUCUGGAUCUGUCCUGGAUGCAACAAGCCAGAUGAUGGGAGUCCCAUGAUCGGCUGCGAUGACUGUGAUGACUGGUACCACUGGCCCUGUGUUGGAAUAAUGGCAGCACCGCCAGAGGAAAUGCAGUGGUUCUGCCCCAAGUGCGCCAACAAGAAAAAGGAUAAGAAGCACAAGAAGCGAAAGCACCGGGCGCACUGACGCCCCCCCACUGGGAGACAGCGCAGGGACAUCGCACACUACCGGCUCCUCUCCAGAUGCCCUGGGUGGAGGUCGCGCAGUUCUGCCAUCAGAGCCCUGUGGGUAAUGAACCUCGGCAGGUGGAGGGCAAGAGCACGCCAUUCGCCUGGGCUCCUGAGGCCGUCCGUCCGGUGGCCACGUGACCAUGGACAGACGAGAAGCUCAAGUCGAGGGGCGCAGGGACUGCUUGCCUCCAGUGUUCUAUAACCAGUGACAAGUAUUACUAAUAAAAGGCCGAGUCGUCCCUUCUGAUUUUCUCUAUUCACUCCAGGGCCUUUCCAUUAAGGUAUUAUAUGAGAAGAAGAUGUGUGAACUGCCUUGACUGUAAUUUAAGGGUGAUAUAAAUCUGUAAACACUUUUCAACCCCUUUCCCUCCUUAGUAAGAUAAUCAUAAAAACAACAGAAAACUCCAGUGGGAGUAUUGGUAAAUAUUUUUGUGAUGAGAAUAUAUGAAGCUUUCCCACACCCCGUUUUUAGUACUAACAUGUAAAAUGUUCAGGCUUUUGUGAAAUACCUUAUAUUUUUUAAGAAAAAGGUUUCUAUCAUAUCCUUUUUCCUUCUGUGCAGAUUAUUUUUGUUGACUCUCCCAUGUUUUCUGUCUCUCUUGCAUUCUCGCUUUGCCCUACUUUAAAUUGCUGGCCUUCUUGUCACUGCUUGUACAUUUCCUCAACUUGUAUAAAAACUCUUCAGACUAGAAGAUCUCCCUUAAUGUAAAUAAUAAAUAUUUAUGAGUAGUUAUUUUUUAAAUUUUAUGUCUUUAAUUCUGCCUUUCUCUGAAAUCCCCUGUGAUUUCAGCCAUGUCUGUAAUUUCUGCUGUACAUAAGCAAAGAAGGCUAGAAAAAGAGCCAUAGUUCAAAGUGAUCUACCUUGAGCUGAACCUGUACAGUGUCCAAAACAUUGUGGGGAAGAACCCUGGCAGUUGAGAAGAGAACAAGGCAAUUUAAAUCUAUAGUUUAUGAUUUGAAAUUGUUUUGUUACCUAUUUUAUGUCUGUAAAUUUCUUUGGCUUACUUUUAUUAAGAGGAUGUGUAGAUUCCCUGAAAGUAAAAAAAACAAAAACAAAAAACAUACUGUAGCAUUUUGUGUUUAUAUUGCUUUAUUCCUGCAAAUCUGUUCAUUGAUAUUGUGGUUUGAGGCUGAAAUGAAGUAUAUAAUGAAUUUUUUAAAACUCCUCAAAUUUCAGGGUAUCACAAAACUUUUAUUAUAUUACUGUACUGCCCACUAUUUAUUAUAUGUUAUAGAUGUCUGAGAGAUGAACCAAAUAUUUUAUUUUUAAUGUAAAACAUCAAAUUUAACUUUAUUAGCAUAUUUUAGCAACUUUGGAAUAAAUAUGGACUUUUACUUAAUUUUGAAAAUAUUCCCAAUUUGGGCCAGUGUAAUGGAUAUCUUGAAUGCUAGAAUACGGACUUUGAACCUAAUACAAAUAUAUUAAUAGAAAUUGUAAUUUUAAUGCCGAGUAAAUUGAUAUUAGUAUAUGAAUUAGUCAUAUUUUAAACAUAUUAUGUGGUUAGAGAAAUGAGGUUUUCUGCCAAGAAUGUUAAAUUGCAAAUCAGUGGAAAUGGAGUCGACCCUUUAAGAGUGCAGUAUUUCAUUGCCCUCCUUGUUCCAGAAGCCAAAAUUUUUCUAACCCUACAAAGAGACAAAAGCAUCUAUGUUGAGAUACAUGUUUUUUGUUUUCUUAAUUUCAAGUCAUCCUAAAUACUUUAUACAAUAUUUUCACAUGCAAAAAUAUACCCAUUAGUGCUUUUUGGAGAGGGAUGGGGGUGGGGAAGUGCAAAAUAAAGAUUAUUGGCUGUUUCA